CCUCCUUUUUCCUGGCACCCUCUCUCUUUCUCUCUCUCCAUUUCUGCCUCUCCUUUUCCGAGAGCCUUUUUCCGGGCCAGACCCGCUUGCCUGGAGGGGUAACUAGCGUGUGUGUGUGUGUGUGUCGUGUAUGUCGUGUAUGUCUGAACUUGGUCCCGUGGGCAAAGUCCGCUGUUGAUUUGUCCAAGCUGAGGGCGGAUCCCGGGGAAGAACACGCUCGUAUUGCCGUUGCUCGCGUCCAGCCUUCGGCCGUGCCCAGAGACCAGAGGCCAUGGCGGCCAAUGGACAGACCUUGAACGAUCGGAUCUUGGCUGCGCGCCACUCCUUGGCCGGCCAAGGCUUAGCCAAGGCCGUGUGCAAGGCCACCACCGAGGAGUUGAAUGGACCCAAACGCAAACAUCUGGAUUAUUUGCUUCGUUGUACGGAUGAGCCCAACGUGUCCAUUCCCACCUUGGCCAAUCUGCUCUUGGAACGCACACAAAGUCCCAAUUGGAUCGUCGUGUUCAAGAGUCUCGUUACCAUCCAUCACUUGCAAUGCUACGGACACGAGCGCUUCACCCAGUAUUUGGCCUCGAGCAAUACCAACUUCCAAUUGAGUAACUUCCUGGACAAGAGCGGCGUGCAAGAUCGCUGGCAAGCCAUGUUAGCCCACGCCGUGGUCAUCGAUCCAUAUGCCCGGGCAGUUCUGAAGCAUUCGGCUGAGCGCGUACGAGCCAUAGGUGAUGGGUGUGGGCGUGUAGGAUAUGACAUGUCUCCAUUUGUUCGGCGAUACGCCAAGUAUUUGCGAGAAAAGUCAGUCUCAUAUCGCACCGUGGCCUUUGAUUUCUGCAAAGUAAAACGCGGGAAGGAAGGUGGCACAUUGCGAACGAUGAACGCCGACAAAUUAUUGAAAACCUUGCCCAUACUCCAAGACCAAGUGGACUCGCUCAUCGAGUUUGAAGCCACCCCUCAAGACUUGAACAACGGAGUAAUCAACUCUGCGUUCAUGUUGCUCUUCAGAGAUCUGAUCCGUCUGUUUGCUUGUUACAACGAUGGUGUUAUUAAUCUACUAGAAAAAUACUUUGAGAUGCACAAGAAGCAUGCCCGUGAAGCCUUGGAUAUCUACAAGAAGUUCCUGAUCCGCAUGGACCGCGUGGCGGAUUUCUUAAAAGUGGCCGAGAAAUUCGGAAUUGACAAAAAUGACAUUCCUGACCUUGCUCGGGCCCCAAGCAGUUUAUUGGAGGCUCUCGAUGGUCAUUUGGCCAACUUGGAAGGACGUAAACCUGGAUCAAACGCCACAUCGCCCACCGGGGCCGCCGGCAGAGUGAACGUGGCCGCAGCAGUCAGUGUCUUGUCUUCCACAAGCAGCUCAUUCGGAAAUUCGUCGAACAUUGACGAGAAAUUGCAAAAACAAUACCUGGCGGAUGAGGAGAAGGCCAUGGCCGCAUACAAGAACAAGGCGGGCACGAACCCGUUCGCCCAAGCGGAGUCCCAGGGUGGAUCGGGAGGCGGUGAAGAGACGCCCAAUAUAUUAGAUCUAUUCGGUGUGAGUGGAGCCGAGGCGAGUGCGGCGGCGGUGCAGAGUAACGAGAGUUCAAGUGAUCCUAGUAAAGCAUCUGAUGAUCUGCUUCAAUUGGCGGGCAAUCCGUUUGCUUCCGUCAUGUCGAAUCAAACUCAAUCCAACUCGUCCAUGUUUGGCGAGGGCUCCAGUUUUGGAGAGUCAGCCGCUCCAGUCAAUGCGAACGGUUUCUUUGGCAUGUCGUCGUCGUCGUCUUCCUCUUUUUUCUCUCAACCCACCACCACUGGGGGUGCUUUUGUGACCUCGCCUCAGUUUCCGGGCGGGAGAGCCCCCACAAGUAUGACGCCCUCCAUGUUGGCACCCAUGCCUCAUCAACAACAAUAUCAAAUGUCGCCCAGUUUUGGUAGUGAUCAGUCAUUCAAUAAUGCAUUUGGAAAUCUGAAUGGCCAGAACAACAAUUCCUCAGCAGAUGUGGGUGCGAGCUUCUUUGGCGAGAUUCUUCAGCCUCAAAACAAGCCCAACGGUGCGAAUGGUCACUCAGGAACCGUGGAUCCGGCUUCGGGCAAGCUCGUGGCCGGGGAUUUGGAUGCCAGUCUGGCCAACCUGACCUCAAAUCUAAACCUCGCUUCAGGGGGUUCCAAAAGAUCUAUGGGAAUGAAUCAACGGGCUCGAGGUCCGCCCAUGGCCGCUGGUGCGAACGCCUCGUCUCGUUUGGGCCAACCCCCGCAAUUUCCAUGCUGAAUAAGGGGAAGCCGAAAGCUUGUCGUGAUAUGCUGUUCAACUCCAAUCAACAUCACAGAAUGGUCAACGAGUUUAACCCUAGAACACCACAAACAUAGACUCCUCAUGAAACAAAAGUAUAUAUAAUGAUAUCAUCAUCAAGAACAAUAACUACAACUACUUACAAUGGCAGAUUGGAUUUGGUGGCAAAAACAGAAUAUCGAAUUUGUUGUUAUUUUUUAUUACAACUCUUUGUUUCCGAUUAUACAAGAAGUGAAUGAGUAGCAAUAUUUAUGAGAAAUAAAAGAAGAGCCAUCUUUAAA